GUUAUAAAUCAUCUUUCUUGCCGUCUUUUUAUAUCGGCGCGGGGGAAUUUGAUAAUGCAUGCACGAUAGUCGCCGGUGGUGUGCAUGCAUUUACUCCACCUAAUCAACAUACAACAACUUCGGAAGAACUUCUCAAGACUUCAUUCCGCACCACCACCAUCAUCAUCUUGCCACAAUGUCUUCUUCAUCUCCUUAUACGGCAAAAUGGGGCAUCAUGGCCUGCGGUUCAAUCGCACAAAAGUUCACAAAAGAUUUGCUGUUAGAUCCUACUUCACGUCAAGUGAAAGAUGUUAAACAUGAAGUCGUUGCAGUUGCCAGUUCGAGCAGUGUACAAAAAGCACAAGACUUUGUCAAAGAGACUGGUUGUCCAUCAAGCACACAAGCAUAUGGAUCAUAUGAAGAAUUAGUCAAAGAUCCAAAGGUGCAGAUCGUCUAUGUUGCUUCACCACAUACGUUUCAUUAUGAAAACACAUUGUUAUGCUUGGAAAACGGAAAAUCUGUCUGUUGUGAAAAGCCAUUCACGAUCAAUGCAGAACAAACGAAACACCUCACACAAGUUGCCAAAAAGAACAACUUGUUUUUGAUGGAAGCCGUCUGGACAAGGUUCUUCCCAGUCACACUCGCGUUACAAAAAGCAAUUCAUCAAGAUCGUAUUCUCGGAAAACUCAUUCGAGUCAAAGCAGAUCUUUCAAAACAAUUCAAAUUUGAUGCAAAACAUCGUCUUUAUAAUCCAGAUUUGGGUGGUGGUGCUUUAUUGGACCUUGGUCUUUACCCCACAACUUGGUUGAUGAUGACACUUUUCAGUGAUCCGGAAAACGGAAAAUCUUUACCUUCUUCUAUCUCUUCAUCAAUGAUCAAAGUUCCACAAACUGGCGUUGAUGCUCAUUCAGUCGCAACGCUCGUGUUCGAUAAAGCACGUACGAUCGGAACACUUUCUUGUACGUUAGAAGUUGAAGGAUUGUACAACGAUCACCAUACGAUCAUUCAAGGUGAAAAAGGUACAAUCACAGUUCAAGGUCAACCUUAUCGUCCUGAAGGCUUUACCGUGUAUCUCAAUGACAAAGACGGUAACCCUGGUCAACCUCAAAAACACAAUUUUGACAUCCCUGGUCAAGGAAUGUUUUGGGAGGCAGAUGCUUGUGCAAGAGAUUUGCGCGAUGGAAAGAUCGAAGAUGAUACUUGUUCUUGGACAGAUUCAAUCGCUACAAUGACAGUCUUGGAUACUGUAAGGAAACAAAACAACUUCUCUUAUGGCGACAAAUUGGAAGGUACUCGUACAUGAAAUAUGAACAUUGCGAUAUCAUGAUAUACAGCCUGCAUUCAGGCAGAAUUGUACAGAUAUGAGAAUGAAAGAAAUUAAAAGAAGGA